AUGGACGAUGAUUAUAAUAAUCAAAAUUGGAUUCUACCAUCUUCAAUCGAAUCAAAUUUGCCUGUUGUAGUUGUUGGACAACGAUCAAUGUAUGAUUCUUGGAUGCCAAUUUCUUCACAACAACCGUUAUAUACAUCGGAAAUUUCUAAUUCAACUACAAAUACAGCCAGUAAUGGUAAUAGUAGUAGUGAUGAUGAUAAUGGAGGGUCACAAUAUUCAUCAACAUCCCUAAAUUAUCAACAAAAAAAUUGUCUAUAUGGUUAUUUUGAUUUUGACAAUUAUAAUCAAUUUUAUAAUCUAACAACAACUAUGACAAUGAUGGACAAUCAAAAUCAAUCACAACGGCAAUCAUUAACCAAUCAUACAUCAUCGACAUCAACACGUAAUCGUGAUCUAGCCAAUGAUCAGGAACGGAAACGAAUGCAUCGUUUAAAUGAUGCAUUAUUUCGCCUUAAAGAGAUAAUACCGGAAGAAUUUCGACAAAAAGAAAGAAUGUCCAAAGUACAGAUAUUACAUUCGGCAAUUGAUUAUAUUAGAUGUUUGCAAAAUGUUUUAUAUAAAAAUGAUAAAAAAUAA